AUGGAAUCAGUCGUUAUUUUUACGUUAUCGUUCUUGUUUCUUUCAGUUUUCUUUCUUUUUCGAGGAAAGAAGUAUUCAAAGAAAAUCCCUCCUGGUUCUUUGGGUCUGCCUUUAAUAGGGCAAAGUCUCGACCUUUUAAAGGCUUUGAAAGCCGAUAAGGUGGAGGAGUGGUUUCAGAAAGGAAUAACCAAGCACGGACCCAUUUGGAAAACUGGUCUUUUUGGAUACCCAACUGUUGUUUUACAUGGUACAGCUGCAAAUAAGUUUGUAUACACCAGCGACGGGAGUGUACUCAGUAACACACAACCACCAUCAAUCCGCAGGAUCCUGGGUCCGAAAAAUAUAUUUGAGCUGCUCAACAAUGAUCAUAAACGAGUCAGAGCAGCGUUGGUUUCGUUUUUAAGGCUUGAAGUGCUGAAGCAAUAUGUUACGAAAGUAGAUGAAGAAAUCCAGUACCACCUUCAAACGUAUUGGGUCGGUAAACAUGAGGUUCAGGUCCAACCCCUGAUCAAGACCUUAACCUUCAACGUAAUUUGCUCGCUUCUCUUUGGGAUCGAAAGAGGACCCCAAAGAGAGAAACUAUUACCCUUUUUCCAAGAUAUGAUGGAAGGGGUGCUAGCAAUUCCGAUCAAUUUGCCCUUUACUCAAUUCCGUCGUGGAAUUAUGGCAAGAAACAAAUUGGUACCGAUGCUAAUGGACCUUAUACAAGAAAAAAGGGUGGCACUUGAAGAACAAAAACGAGUCGAUCCUCAUAAAGAUCUCAUCACUUCACUGCUCAGCAUUCGUGACGACGAUAACUUACCAAUGAUGUCUGAUGAAGAGAUCAUCGACAACGUCAUUGUCGUGAUGAUUGCAGGAUAUGACACAACGUCUAUCCUUGUAACGUUCUUGGUCAGACUUUUGGCAACCGAUGAAGCUAUUUAUUCUGCUAUAGCUCGAGAACAAGAAGAAAUUGCCAAAAAUAAAGCCGUGGGGGAAUCUUUGACAUGGGAAGACCUUACGAAGAUGAAGUACACAUGGAGAGUAGCAUCCGAGAUGCUGAGGAUAAACCCUCCUGUGAUUUUAUCCUUUCGACGAACUGUGCAAGAUAUCGAGUAUGGAGGGUACAUAAUUCCAAAAGGAUGGCAAGUGUUAUUAUCUUCGUCAAUGACGCAUAUGGACAGUAGCAUUUUUCAGAAUCCGACCAUGUUCAAUCCAGCCCGUUUUGAGAAAAACGCACCGUCACCACCACCUUUUAGUUUAAUGGCGUUUGGAGGAGGGCCAAGGAUGUGUCCUGGUAUCGAGCUUGCGAAAAUGGAAACUUUAGCGAUGAUGCAUAGUCUGGUGACACAAUUCACAUGGGUUCUUCUUAACAGGGACGAACCCUUCAAGAGAAUCCCAAUGCCGGAAUUCGACAAAGGACUGUCAGUUCGGAUCAUGCCCAUAAAAGCAACAUCGAUGCCAUCUGAAGCAACGGCGUAG